CCGCGGCCCCGCCCACUCCCAUAACCCACCGCGUGCUAGCUCAUUCUUCAGUCCUGUUCAACAUGUCUAUGACAGAGGGUCCGUUAACCGUGUUCGGCCAGAGAUCGACCGGCGAGUCCGUCCGGGCUCAAAAUGUCAUGGCCGCUGCAUCCAUUGCUAACAUCGUGAAGAGCUCUCUCGGGCCGGUCGGACUCGACAAGAUGUUGGUGGAUGACAUCGGAGACGUGACCAUCACCAAUGAUGGUGCCACCAUACUGAAGUUGCUGGAGGUGGAGCAUCCGGCUGCUAAAGUCCUCUGUGAACUGGCAGAGCUGCAGGACAAGGAGGUUGGAGAUGGCACAACAUCAGUGGUAAUCAUUGCGGCUGAACUUUUGAAGAGCGCCGAUGAGCUGGUCCAUCAGAAGAUCCACCCCACCUGCAUCAUCAGCGGAUACAGAUUGGCCUGCAAGGAGGCUGUGAGGUACAUCAAUGAGAAUCUGACCAUUGCCACAGAUGACCUGGGGAGAGAGUGUCUCAUCAAUGCAGCCAAGACCUCCAUGUCCUCAAAGAUCAUUGGAUGUGAUGCAGACUUCUUUGCUAACAUUGUGGUGGAUGCUGCCCUGGCUGUGAAGUUUGUUGAUGGGAAAGGUGUGGCUCGCUAUCCUAUCAACUCUGUGAAUGUACUGAAGGCUCAUGGACGCAGCCAAAAAGAGAGUUUCCUCGUCAAUGGAUAUGCACUCAACUGCACUGUCGGAUCGCAAGGAAUGGUGAAGCGCGUGUCCAAUGCCAAGAUUGCAUGUCUGGACUUCAGUCUGCAGAAAACCAAGAUGAAGCUGGGCGUCCAGGUUGUCAUCAGUGAUCCAGAGAAACUUGACCAGAUCAGACAGAGAGAAUCAGACAUCACUAAGGAGCGCAUUCAGAAAAUUCUGGCAUCUGGGGCAAAUGUGAUCCUAACCACAGGAGGCAUUGAUGACAUGUGUCUGAAGUACUUUGUAGAUGUAGGAGCCAUGGCUGUGAGGAGAGUGCUGAAGAGGGACCUCAAACGGAUUGCCAAAACAACUGGAGCCACGGUUUGCUCAUCUCUGUCUAAUCUGGAGGGAGAGGAGACAUUUGAGGCAGCUAUGCUGGGACAGGCAGAGGAGGUGGUGCAGGAGAGAGUGUGUGAUGAUGAGCUCAUCCUCAUCAAGAACACAAAAGUGCGUACAUCUGCCUCUAUCAUCUUGCGUGGUGCGAAUGAUUUCAUGUGCGACGAGAUGGAGCGCUCUCUGCAUGAUGCUCUGUGUGUGGUGAAGAGGGUGCUGGAGUCCAAAUCAGUUGUACCAGGAGGUGGAGCUGUAGAGGCCGCACUGUCCAUUUAUCUGGAGAACUAUGCAACCAGCAUGGGCUCUCGUGAGCAGCUGGCUAUUGCUGAAUUCGCUCGCUCUCUGCUCAUCAUUCCUAAAACUCUGGCAGUCAACGCUGCACAAGACUCGACUGACCUGGUGGCAAAACUCAGAGCCUUUCACAAUGAGGCUCAAGUCAACCCCGAACGCAAGAACCUCAAAUGGAUCGGGUUGGACCUGGUAAAUGGAAAGCCAAGAGACAACAAGCAAGCGGGUGUGUAUGAGCCCACAAUGGUUAAAACAAAGAGUCUGAAGUUUGCCACAGAGGCAGCCAUCACCAUCCUUCGUAUUGAUGACCUUAUCAAGCUCUUCCCUGACCAGAAAGAGGGCGGACCGUCCUAUCAGGAUGCUGUCCAAUCAGGCUCUCUGGAGGACUAAAGUCCAACUGCAUAGAGUCUUUAAUUGGCUGGUUCUGCUGUCACUCUGCUUUUGUAUUUAUUUCAAUCCAAUAGAUGAGCUGUUAGUGUAGACCAUGCACUUUGUUGAUGUUACUUAUUUUUUGCUAAUAUGGUGACAUGGUUUUUGUCAUGUGUAAUGAAACAAAUGUUCCUUUUUCCUCCAUUUAAAAAAAUAAAAAAAUCUGAAUGG